AUGGAGAGCGGCCCCGGGAGCCUGCAGCCGCUAGAACACGGGGUGGCCGCCGCGCCAGCGCCAGGGACAGGUUCUCCGCAGGAAGGGCGUCCGGAGACCAGGCUCGCCGCCGGGGAUGGUCCUGGAGUAUGGGCGGCGGAGAGCAGCGGCGGGAAUGGGCAGGGGGCGGCGGCCGCCGGGAGGAGCCUCCUGGACUCGGUUUCUCCCGCCGGCUCUCCUCGGGUCCCCGGACCCUGCAGCUCCUGCCCGGGCUUGGACUUAAAGGAGGGCGAUCCGGAGAGUCCCGCUGCCCAGACGACGCCUCCGAGAGGGCAGCACAAGGUGACCGCCUCGGAGACAGCCGAGGCCGGAGCGGACCAGGGAUCCGGUCCUGCCGGGGACGCCGGCCCCAGCCCCGGGCCCGCCGGCACCUGCCGGGCGGAGUUGGCGGCCGCCGGGGCCGAGGAGCCCAGCGGCGCGGGCGGCCUCAGCAGCAGCUGCAGCGACCCGAGCCCUCCCGGGGAAUCGCCGAGCCUGGACUCCCUGGAGUCGUUCUCUAACCUGCAUUCUUUCCCCAGUAGCUCUGAGUUUAACAGCGAGGAGGGAGCUGAGAACAGGGUCCCCGGGGAGGAGGGGGAGGGGGAGGGGGAGGGGGAGGAGGGGGGCGCGGGCGCGGGCGCGGCGGUGUUGCCCGGGGCUGUGCCUCUGUGCCGCGAAGAGGAGGAGGAGGAGGGGGAGGAAGCGCAGGUACUGGCGGCCUCCAAGGAGCGCUUCCCGGGACAGUCUGUCUAUCACAUCAAGUGGAUCCAGUGGAAGGAAGAGAACACACCCAUCAUCACUCAGAAUGAGAAUGGACCCUGCCCUUUGCUGGCCAUCCUCAAUGUUUUGCUUCUGGCCUGGAAGGUGAAACUUCCACCGAUGAUGGAAAUCAUAACUGCUGAACAACUGAUGGAAUAUUUAGGAGAUUACAUGCUUGAUGCAAAGCCAAAAGAAAUUUCGGAAAUUCAACGUUUAAACUACGAGCAGAAUAUGAGUGAUGCUAUGGCAAUCCUGCACAAACUACAGACAGGCUUGGAUGUAAAUGUAAAAUUCACAGGUGUUCGAGUGUUUGAAUAUACACCAGAAUGCAUUGUAUUUGAUCUUCUUGAUAUUCCUUUGUACCAUGGGUGGUUAGUGGACCCACAGAUUGAUGACAUUGUAAAAGCUGUUGGUAACUGCAGCUACAACCAACUAGUGGAGAAGAUCAUCUCUUGUAAGCAGUCAGACAAUAGUGAGCUGGUUAGUGAAGGCUUUGUAGCUGAGCAGUUUCUAAAUAACACAGCCACUCAACUGACAUACCAUGGAUUAUGUGAACUAACUUCAACGGUUCAGGAAGGAGAACUUUGUGUGUUCUUUCGGAAUAAUCAUUUUAGCACCAUGACCAAAUACAAGGGUCUGCUGUAUUUGCUGGUAACAGAUCAGGGGUUUCUUACUGAAGAAAAAGUUGUUUGGGAAAGCCUACAUAAUGUGGAUGGUGAUGGAAAUUUCUGCGACUCAGAAUUUCAUCUGCGGCCUCCUUCAGAUCCUGAAACCGUAUACAGAGGACAGCAAGAUCAGAUAGAUCAGGACUAUCUUAUGGCAUUAUCUCUACAACAAGAACAGCAGAGCCAAGAGAUCAAUUGGGAACAAAUACCUGAAGGAAUCAGUGAUUUGGAACUAGCAAAGAAACUCCAAGAAGAGGAGGAUAGACGGGCUUCUCAAUAUUAUCAGGAACAGGAACAAGCAGCAGCUGCUGCUGCUUCUGCUUCUACACAGGCCCAGCAAAGCCAGCCAGCACAAGCCUCUCCAAGUAGAAGACAACCUGGGAAUAGUGAACGUAAACGAAAGGAACCUCGAGAAAAAGAUAAAGAGAAAGAAAAGGACAAAAAUAGCUGUGUCAUUUUGUAACAAGUGUUGGAUUCUGUUGGAUGCAUCUAUAUGUCUUGAGAAACAAAACCACAGGAGGAAAGGAAGAAAAACCGAUAAAUACCGUCUGUGCCUGAUUUCCCAAUGGAUUUUGUUCAUGUUUUUCAGGGGAAAGGUUGUUACUUAGUUACAAUCAGACUUUUUCAAGUCACACAGUACACUCUUUAUGAGCUGGAGUUUCAUGUUACAAGUUGGAAAUGCUGUGUGUUUUCAUUCAUGAAAAAUACUUCACUUGUAGCCAAAUAAGCAAAUCACAGCAAAUUUUGUGUCAUAGUGACAUUCAUAACUCAUAUCAGUUAGUAAGCUAUUUUAUCUUCUGUUCUAACAAUGAAUGGAGGUAACUUAUUUCGUCUGAUUCCUUCCUGAAAUCUAAAUAUUAGCACAAUAGUUUCUGAAAUUAAUUUUUACAAUGUUAAAUUAUUAUCUAAUCCAAGAGAAACCAGGGGUUUAAUACAGGGAUGUAAAAAGAGAGAGAAAAAAAACAACACAAACAAAAGAACCAUGACAAAAAAUAACAGAAAUAAAUAACCCUUAAUCCUAUAUUGGACUAGUUCAGCCCUUGAACAGCUUUACCUUUCUUUAGGAAUGUACAUUUUAGAUAUUAUCUUGAGAACUGAUAAUGGAGCUUGGGUUUAAUUUAGAUAGAAAAAAUAAUUUGUAUUUCUUUUCCAAUAGCAAAAAAAUUGCAUAACACUAAUACUCAUAUUCUAUCAAAAUCAGAUAUUAAUAACUUUGUAGUGUUGUGAAAUUUUGAGGAAUUUUGAAAUAUUUAAUAUAGGUAACUUGUACUACAGUUACUACUUAUUGACAGUGUGUGAGAACUGAGUAUAGGAAGGAAACCACAGUGGAUGCUAGGCCUUGUAAAUAUGGGAUGUAGAAAAGCAGAUAGUUCAAUGUCUACCUUUUUCUAGAAUUACCUUGAACCUUAAAAUUUAAAUCAUGUUUAUUUGCUGGAAAAUUAAGUAUACUUACUAAAGCCAACAAAAAAAAAAAAGCACAUUUCUGAAAGUAAUUUAGAAAUAAUUUCUGAGUCUAGUGAAAAAGCAUUAAUAAAAAUCUGUUUGAAAAUAGAUAAGAAUUGGGAGAAAUUUAGGUAAAAGCAAUCAGAUUUUUUUUUAACUUAUGGGAACCAACCAAAUAGACCUAUAACAUCUUGUAGUGUUUAUAGGAUUCAGAAAGAAUAUUUAUUGAACUUUAUUAUGAGGCAACACAUAUUUUCCAGUAUUUCUACUAUCCUUAAUAGUCCUUUUUAUAUGCUUUAUAUUUAAAAGUUUGUUUUAGUCAUUUUUGAAAAGACUAUUGCUGCUGCAAGUAGUUAUGUGAUUUACAUUCUAAGCCUCAGUAAAUUUGUUUAAGAGCAUCUUAAUCUAACCUGAGCAUCGACUUGGAGAAUGUUCUUGUGGUCUAGGAUGACAAUAGACUACAAAAAAAAUGUGGUCUAGAUUUCUUAAGCUAUGUCCUUAACAUUCUCCAUGAUCCAAGACCAUUUAUAGGAUGAGUCUAUAUGUAAAAAUAAAAAGUAAAGUCUUAUUUAUGGAAGGAAUUAUUCUAAGGGAAAAAUCCAGGGUCAAGCUUUAUGUCAUGUCCUUCUGUAUUGCAUGUCUGGUUAUGUUAUACCAUUUGUUUAUCCCUUCAGAUUUCCUAUGCUAGCAUGAUAAAUCAUCAUCAGAGAACCUGUUUGGGGUAUAAAACUUUGGUACAAAAUAUUUGGUGAGUCUUUAAUUUAAUAAUCAGAUGUUCUACAGAAUUCUCUGUUGGCUCAAGCAAGUUGACCUUAGUCCAAGUUUUCUCUUGAUAUCACUCUAUUGGUUGAAGGAGGAAACUCAAACCUCAGCAUUUGUUUUUCCUAGAACAGAUAGUAGGGACAAUGCAUUAUAUUAUAAUAUGAAAAGGCAAAACAGUAAAUCCUGAGAAAUUUUAAAAAGCAUAUUUGAGGCAUAUUUUUCCAUAAUUAUAUACUUAUCUAUUUAUUACCCUUGAAAAAAAUGUGUAAAAGUUAUUCUGUUAUUUGUUACUAUCUUCUUAAUUUGUUCCAAAGAUAAUACUGCCAUUCUGCAUUCCCUCUGGAAGAAAAAUAACUCACUCAAAACCAGCAGUGCUGCUAUCAGAUAAGUAGAUGUCAAUGUAUACUUAUAUAAAAAUAACUAAAAAACAUGUGUUGUUAAUUCAACCUUUUUUCUAUGUAAUAUUUCCAAGUCAGACUUUCUUACAUUCCUGAAGUUCAGUUUGAUAUACCAAGAGUAAUAAUGAUAAAAUGUUUGAUUACUGUGAGGAAAAAAAUUAAAUGUUCAGUCCUAUUAAAACAAACUUCUUGGAGACACUGAUUUCCCAUCCUUGAAGAUUAGAGAGUUAUUGUGUCUUUAUUUUCUUAUAUUUUGCUCAAGGCAACAAAUUACAUAUUCAGACAUUUCAUUGGUGGUUUGGGUACAUUGGAAUUUGAUAGUGGUAUAUUCAAGUCUUUCAUUCACAGUGUUUUGUAGUACUUGAAAACUGUUACAUGAACUGCUUGAGCAGAAGGUGGAACUUAAACAUUUUUGUUGUUAAUAUUUAUAGGCUAGAUUAAGGACACAUUUGCAUCAACCAAUCACUGUUAGAGCUAGCAAAAGCGACAUGAAUGUGAAUGGAUAUGGUCGCUGUACUUUCUUGUACUUUAUAAAGGCUAUUUCUUAAGUUUAGUGACCAGUCUUCGUUAGCAAUAUGAAAAUUGUCCUCAUGUGUAUCCCACUGAAUCAACAAUGCUGUGAUUUACAAUAGGUUAUCAACAUUUAAAAGUACUUUUGUGCCUGUUUGUAUGCGUGUGUGUAUCUGUUCUUCUGAAGCAAGGAUCCACGACUUCUAUUGUCAAAGCAAUCUGGGAACUUUCCCUCAAAGUUAAGAAUUAUCACUUAAAAAAAUACACACACACACACACACACAUACAUACACUAAGCAGUCUGAAGCAGCUAAAAUUGGCAUUGGCUGCUUCCUGUAAUAUGCUGGUCCAGUGUGCUUAGGUGAAGUAACUUCCAUGUUUCAAGGUGUCAGCUUAGCAGUUGAAUGAGGCAUAGAUUUAAGUUUAGGAUUAAGUUUUGGAAUAUAUUUUUUUAGUGUCUCAUAUUUCUAGUAUUUGACUACUUAUCCCAUAUUAUGUUUCAAAUUCUUCCGCAUACUUCUUGAUCUUAGCUUAAUUAAGCAAGUUAAUAACAGGUUAGUUGACUGAACCCAACAUUAACCAUUUUGUACUUGCACAAAACCUUAAUACUUCAUUUUUACUGAAUUAUCAGCUCAGGUCACUAAGUGAGACCUUGAGAGGAAAGAGGACUAGAAGUCAGAUAGAUAUUUAAGGAAGGAAUUGUUGUAGUCCAUAUAUUAAUGGUAAUGUCCUGCUGGAGAAAUAUUCAAGGCAAGAAUUUCUAGAACUGUCCUCAAACUCAUUUAUUUAAAAAAAAAAAUCUUUUAAGCAAAAAAAGUAAAUUGAUUACAUUUUACUUAAUUUCCUAUUAAAUAUACUAGUUAUUUUAAAAUAUGGAAAAUUUAGUUUGAUAAAAUAACAUGGAAGUAUUAAAGACAGUACAUAGUUUGUAUUUUAAGAAAAUACAAAUAUGGAAAUGUGGAAGUCUGAACUGUUUUAAGUCUAAAAAUCUGGCUUUCAUCUUUCCAGGGGCAAAUUUUCUGUGCCUCAAUUUAUUCUAAACAUGUAAAAGAUGUGCAUUUUUUAGUGCUUUAAACUCCUGAAUAAAGGGCAUAGUAAAAACUCAGAAUAUUACUUAAAUAAUCAUAAACAUUAUAGUUUCUGUUCUUGAGUGUGCAGAUCUUUUUCCCAAUGACAAUAUUUCUUAAAGUCAGUUUUUUUUUUAAUGCUGUUAAAAUGCGUAGAAUUAUCUUGUCUUUGAGUAUGGUAUCAUCUCUUCCCAAAAUGUAUUUUGUGGUUGCUUUUGUGUUUUGUGGACUGUAAGAUCAAAAUCAAGAGUAUUUUGAGAGUAUAAGAAGUAUUAAAAGUCUAUUUUUUUCCAAUAUCUUUCAUAUAUCUAAAUACUUAGAUUCUCUUUGCCUUUUUCUCCAUGGAACAAAGUACAGUGGUAUCAGGUUACUAAUUGCAUAUGUGUAAACUGGUGCACGGAUGGAAUUCAUUUAGGUCUGUUAAGUACUGUCAUAUUUAGGACUAUUUGAAUUAUUUGUUUUUUAGUAUAAAAUGUUAUUUGGUAAUGUGCAGAUAAAUUCCUUUUAGAAAGUGACAGAAAAUCAGAUCUUAGGUUCUCUGGGAAUAUAGUGGGUUUUUGUUUUUUGGGUUUUUUUUUUUUUUACUGAUACCCAAUACUUCUAUAGCUACUGAGAAAAUCUUACAAAGAACUGAGGUUACUUGCCUCAGGUAACACUUUAAAACAAACUAAAGUUUAAAAUUGAAGGCAUCUUGGCCAAAAUAAUUACAAAAGAGAAAUAAUGGAAUCUUAGGGACAGAUUGCAGGACCCAGGUCAUUUUAACUUCUUUUGAAGAUCUAAAUUUUAAUUCACACGUCUGUUACUUAAUGCCAGUGUCUCUGCUGUUAGAAAUCAGAGUUUAAUAUAUUGUGAAUAUGCAUAUGUAUUUUCACAUAAACUAGUUUCUAAUUUCACUUUUCUGAUCUAAAAAAAAAACAAACUCAAAAACUUGGGUCAAAGUCUUCAACAAGAGCUGAACUAUUUUCUUUUUCUUUUUUUUUUUUUUUAACUAUUUUCAAGUUCAGUUUUAUCCUGUUGUCCUGAGAUUUAGACUUCUCUGCAUAUAAUAGGUAUUUUUGAGAACAUGGUACUAUCCCAGAUAAGGAAUUGAAACAUCAUGGCAGAAAUACAAAUCCUAAACUAUAAAUCACAGUAGAUUUAAAAGACAAAAAGUUCUAGUAUUAUUCUGUAAUGGCUCUAUUUUAUCUGAUACUAAUUUUAAGAUUUUUUUUCAAAUCACUUGAUUUGUCAUUAACUUAAAAAACUUUAUAUGCCUCCUCUAUGCAGUAUUCUGCUUUGAGUGGCAGAGAUGCCUCUUAGAUUAGAGGAUGCACAAAGCAAAAUUCUUCUGAAGGUGAUGCUGGCUUCUUUGGGUCUGGCAGUCACAGCUGCCAUGAGUCCUGCCAUAGGAAGUUAGGGAAAGUGAAAUGCCCAUUUAAAUUCUCAAAUCAGUGACCUGUCCAAAUGGGCAUUAUCACUAAAAUACCUUGUAGAGUGGUUCUAACAGAAUAUGUUUAAAGACUAAGACUGGCAUUUAAUCUUUGAAGAUCUGUCUGGUGUGUCUCAAUAUUGUCAGUUUUUAUUCCUUUUUACAUCUUAGUUCUAUGAUCAUUUUUUUCCGGAGUACAUAGGCUAUCAUAGCUAUACAGAUUUUUAAAGAUGAGGAUUUGAGAAACUUCCAGUGGUUUUUGUUAAAAAGCGACUUUCCUCAAUAAAAUGACAAACAUUGUUUUCACAGAUCCACAUAUCACAAAAGUAGGACAAAACGAUAGCAGACUGGUAUAUGACUGCUACAUAAGGGUCAGUAAAAGGGAUAAUCUUCACUUGUGCUUCUUUAGAGGUACUUGAAAGUCAUCUCCUAAAGUUAGUGCAUGUGAGUCUUUUUCCUUGAAUUGUGCAGGAUAAUUGGAUGGGGCACAUAUUUUGGGGGAAUAGCAAGUGAAAUGGUAUCAUGACUGCAGAGGCAAGUGAUCUUGAAAUGUAGUAAGAAGAAACAAAUUUUCUUCCUCCAUUUUCAUGUCCGACUAUUCAGGAAGUUACUAUGACAUAUCAUAGCUCUCUUGUGUUAGGCCAAGAUUGGCCAAUUGAAAUAGAGUUCUCAAAGAGUUUAAAUAUAUAGUAUAUGAGCACUUGUUCUUUCCUCCUCUUCUGUGCUAUCUUAACACCCUUUCUAUAUCUGAAAUAAUUCAUUCAUCCAAUUUGCUUUGUGACCAGCUUUAACUGCAGUUUUAGGCUAAUAGCAACCAUAGAGACUGAUACAAAACAGCCUUGAAAUACAUUUUUCAAAUGACACCUAAAAGCACCUACCCAACUUAGAACUGAACUGAAUUUCUAUGAAAAAAAGUUAUUGGUUUUAAAUGCUAAUUAUGUUAAAACUAUUUAAUUCUAAAAACUAGGUCUUAAACAAGUUUCCAAAGUUUCAUUUUUGGAGGAUAUUCCUAAAAAAAAAGAAAAGAAAAGAAAAAAAAAAAGGGCAUACUGAAUAGAUGGGAAAGUAUAAAAUAAUUCUAACAGAAUUAUUCAGUAUUAUUCAACAUUUAAUUUCAUGUUUGUUAUUGUACCACAAAGAUAGUGUCAUUCUUGGAUUAAAAUGUUGGACUUUUUGUUGAUGUACUUAAAACUGUAACCAGUGAUAACACCCUUAGUAUUUUUUAUUAUAGAUUAUAUUUUAUUUCAAUAAACUUUGAUAUUUAGACCAAA